AUGUGCAUGUGCACGAGGGCCUCGCCUGCCUCUAUACCACCACCGGACGUCGCCACAUUCGUCAGCCUCCCUCACGACCUGUUGUGCCGGAUCUUGGCUGCGGUGCCGAAUUUCGACGGAGCGAGCUGCCUCAAUGCAAUCGGAUUGGCGGCAAAAGCUUGCUCUGCUCUUGGCGCUGCGGCGGCCGACGAGGAGACGUGGCGGCGCGUGGCCGUGGCUCGGUGCAUUGGCGUGACGCUGCGAACGGAUUCGUGGCGCGAGGCUGUGCUCGGCGCGCGAGAGGCCGCAUGCGAGCGGCUGACGGAUGCCUCUGCCGGCGUCGCAGUGUGUGCGUUGCCGAUUCGGGUCGCCUCGCCGAGCCGAGACGCUCCCGUCGUCUCGAUGUCCUCCUGCGCGGCGCCGCUCGGCGUCAAGCAGCGUCACUUUGACGAGGCGGUCGAGCGGCUCGGCGCGUGCCUCUUCGACGGAUACACGCGUCCCUGGGUGGCGGACUGGCUGCUGCGCCCGCAAGCCAUCAGCGAGCCCCUGCGGGCCCUGGCCCUGUGUCACGCGGCUCGCAGCAGCAAGCCAUCCUCGCUCGCCUCCCUGCUCGCCGCGGUGCCGCCCCGCACGCUCUCGCGGACGGUCGAGCUUCGUGUCUCCUCCUUCAGCGAGAAGCGAGACUGCCGCGGCUUCCGCGCCAGGGACGAGCGCAAGACGCUGACGGCGAGCGUGCUCGAGCUCGCCCUCUCCGAGGACCGGCACCCGAUCUGGGCCACGCUGCGGCGGGGCGUGGUGAUGGAGGUGCGCGACCUGACGCUCUCGAGUGCAGUCGAGUCGCCCCUCUCCGCCUAGGGAGGGUACCAUAGGGAGCCGCGCCAGCCACCAGAGCCCCCUCGCCCCACCGCUCGGCCGUCUAGAGGCGGCGCCGCAACCCACACAGCCGCACCUGUUGGCCGCUUGUACACACUCCUCGCCUGCUCCCCGACACACUUGCACUCACACGUAUCGCGCGAUGGGACGGCUCGACUUUGCGCGCCUGGGCGCCUGACGCCUGGUCGCAGGCGGUUUGCCGUGUAACGGUGAUCCCUGAUCGGUGUGUCACGCAGUCUCUCCCUUCCAGUAUGGACCCAGUAUCCAGAGUGCAGAGAGGCCCAAGUGCCGUGUGUAUACUGGGUAAUAAAACUUUGAGUGAGGUGGUG